AUGUCCAUCUCCAACAUGACAGUCUUCAUGCCUUCUGUGUUGACACUAAUAGGGAUCCCAGGCCUAGAGUCUGUGCAGUGCUGCUGGCUACAAGUACCAGAGAUUUAUUUUGAUUCCUGCUUGCUUCAAAUGGGGUUCAUCCAUACUUUUCAGUGCACAGAGUCUGGCCUCCAUGAGCCCAUGUACAUUUUCCUAGGCAUGCUUGGAGUCACAGAUAUUGUACUUGGCACAAGCAUUGUGCCCAAGAUGCUUGGUGUAUUCUGGCUACAAGUACCAGAGAUUUAUUUUGAUUCCUGCUUGCUUCAAAUGGGGUUCAUCCAUACUUUUCAGUGCACAGAGUCUGGUAUCCUCCUGGCCAUGGCUCUGGACCGUUAUGUGGCCAUCUGUUAUCCCCUAAGAUAUACUGCCAUCUUCACCUACCCGCUGGUCACUCAAAUAGGGGCUGUGGUAACACUCAGGGCUGCCAUUCUGGUAGCCCCAUCUUUAGCACUAAUAAAGUGCCGGUUGCAAUUUUACCGUACAACCAUCAUCUCCCACUGCUACUGUGAGCAUAUGGCCAUCGUGAAGCUGGCUGCAGAAAAUGUGCGGGUCAAUAAAAUCUAUGGCUUGUUUGUGGCAUUUGCUGUUGCAGGGUUUGAUCUGAUAUUCAUCACAUUGUCCUACAUACAGAUAUUUAUCACAGUUUUUCGUUUGCCCCAGAAGGAGGCUCGGUGGAAAGCAUUCAACACCUGCAUCGCCCACAUCUGUGUCUUCCUCCAGCUCUACCUCCUCGCCUUCUUCUCCUUCUUCACACAUAGGUUUGGUGCUCAUGUUCCCCCUUAUAUCCAUAUCCUCUUUUCUAGCCUCUACUUGCUGGUCCCCCCAUUUCUCAAUCCACUUGUGUAUGGUGCCAAGACCAAGCAGAUCCGCAUUCACGUGAUAAAGAUGCUGUGUUCCUAA